AUGAGCGUCCCGGAUCGGACCGUCUUGGUCCUGUACGGCUCGGAAACUGGCAACGCUCAGGACCUGGCUGAAGAGCUUGGCCGUCUCUGUCAGAGACUGCAUUUCACGACCCGCGUGGACGAAUUGGAUAGUGCAGUCUUGAACGAUCUCCUUGCUCACCAGAUAGUCCUGUUCGUUGUAUCGACUACUGGACAAGGCGACAUGCCGCACAAUGCGCUCUCGUUUUGGAACAAGUUGCUUCGCAAGAAGCUACCGCCUGCUUGUUUGGCAGGCCUGGAGUAUUCGUGUGUCGGCCUCGGCGACAGCACCUAUCUCAAAUUUAACUGGGCAGCUCGCAAACUCAUCCGCCGCCUCCAGCAACUCGGCGCAACCACAUUCAUGGAGCCGUGCGAGGCGGAUGAGCAAUUUCCAGAAGGCAUUGACGGCAGCUUCGUACGAUGGGCGGAAGACCUCCGAAAUUACCUCCUCCAGCACCAUCCCGAUCCGCAAGGUCGGCAGCCCAUCCCCGACGACGAGAUGCUUCCUCCCAAGUGGUCUCUCUUGCCAGCCUUGGACAGAAUCUCCAACACACCCAGUGGCGGCAGCAGCAGCAGCAGCUCCGACGCUGCAAACCAUGUCCCUCCGGCACCGCCGUUGGACCAGCUCCUCCUCCCAAACAGCCUCUCCGCCACCAUAGCCGCAAACGAAAGACUCACCCCCCCCUCUCAUUGGCAAGACGUCCGCCUGCUUACCUUGGCCGUCUCCAACCCAUCUGGCUCCCCACUCAACCCAAACCCAGGCGACUGUCUCACCAUCUACCCCAAAAACUUUCCGGCCGACGUCCAAAGAAUCAUCGGCCUCAUGAAAUGGGACUUUAUAGCCGACAGGCCCCUCGAUCUGACAUGCUGCUCCCUCCCGCCAGGCCUGCACACCAUUUCCACCACCUGCAGCCUCCGCGAUCUUCUUCUCCACAACGUCGACAUCCACGCUGUUCCCAGGCGCUCCUUCUUCAAGAACAUAUCCUACUUCUCAGAUAACCGUCAGCAAAAGGACCGGCUUGCGGAGUUUGCCACGGCCGAGUUCCUGGACGAAUACUUUGACUACGCCACUCGGUCGAAAAGGACCAUCAUCGAGGUCCUCGAGGAAUUCUCCUCCGUUCGCGUCCCGGCCCACAGGCUACUCGACGUCUUCCCUCUUAUUCGCGGUCGAGACUUUAGCAUCGCAAACUACGGCAACCAAUGCGCUUGCCCUCCGCGCCCUCUGUCAGCGCGCGCCCCGUCCUACCCACCUCAACCUGCUCCCGCGUGCAGAGUGCAGCUCGUGGCCGCCCUUGUCAAAUACCGCACCAUCCUCCGCAAACCGAGAACAGGCCUCUGCUCCAACUACAUCGCCCACCUGCCCCUCAACACCACCCUCUCCGUGACCGUCAAGCCCGUCCUAUCCCCCAUCCACGGGCCCGCCAACGCCAAAAGGCCCCUUGUCGCCAUAGCCACGGGCACGGGUAUCGCGCCCGUCAGAGCCCUCAUCCAAGAGCGCCUGACGCACCCUGGCCCCCACGCGCCCAUGCUGCUCUUUUUCGGGAACAGGAACCAAGCCGCGGACUACUUGUUCGCCGAGGAGUGGGAAUCCAUCGCCGCCGCCGCCGCCGCCGCCGCCGCCGCCGCCCCCGACGCACCCCUUGCCGUCUUCACCGCGUUUUCUAGGGACCAGCGCGAAAAGGUCUACGUGCAGGAUCUGGUCCGUCAGCAGGCGGCGCGCGUCGCCGACUUGAUUCCCAGCAAGCCCAUCUUCAUGGUGUGCGGUGGCUCGUCCAAGAUGGCUGAUGCGUGCAAGCGCGCUGUUUUGGAUGCCAUUCCAGGAGCCGGCGAAGAGGAGCCUCGGAAGAAGCUGUCGGAGGCCAUCACUUGGUGGCAGGAGAUAUGGUAG